AUGGCGAGUCUAGAAUGUAGGAUGUAUGAGGCUAGGUACCCGGAGGUGGACCAGGCGGUGAUGAUACAGGUGAAGAGCAUGGCCGACAGCGGCGCGUACGUCUCACUCCUCGAGUACAACAACAUCGAGGGCAUGAUUCUCUUCUCCGAGCUCUCUCGCCGCCGUAUCCGUAGCAUCAGCAGCCUCAUUAAGGUCGGCCGUAUCGAGCCCGUCAUGGUGCUCCGUGUCAAUAAAGAGAAGGGUUACAUUGAUCUGAGCAAGAGGCGUGCGUUCAAAUUGAUCGUCACUGAUCCCGAUUCAAUCCUUGAUUCCCUCACUCGUGAAGUCAAAGAAGUGGGUCCUGAUGGAGAAGAGGUGAAGAAGGUGGCUCCGGCUAUAACUGAUGAAGUAAAAGAUGCUUUAGUGAAGAAUAUUAGGAGAAGAAUGACGCCACAACCUUUAAAGAUUCGUGCCGAUAUUGAAAUGAAAUGUUUUCAGUUUGAUGGUGUCCUGCACAUAAAGGAAGCAAUGCGUAAAGCUGAAUCUGCAGGCAACAAGGAUUGCCCAGUUAAAAUUAAGCUGGUUGCUCCUCCGGCGUAUGUGCUUAACACUCAAACUCUUGACAAGGAGCAAGGAAUCGAAAUCCUUAACAGGGCAAUUGACUUAUGCACGAUAGUGAUUGAACAACACAAAGGCAAACUGACUGUCAAGGAGGCACCAAGAGCGGUGAGUGAACGGGAGGAUAAAUUACUUGCCGAGCAGAUGGCCAAACUUGGACGUGAAAAUGGAGAGGUUAGUGGUGAUGAGGACAGCGAAGAGGAAGAAGAUACUGGAAUGGGCGAAAUUGAUCUCGAAAAUUCCAGAAGUGGUAUAACUGAGUGA